UUUUUUUUUUAAGAAUAAGAAUAUAAAUAGAAGCAAUAGUUUUUCCUUUUCAUCUUUACUUAUUUAAAUUAUACAACAUCUUAAAAUGGCCGCAGUUACUGAAUCCAAAUAUAAAUCUUUCAUGAAGCCUGUCAAGUUCUGGCAAAAGGCCGCCCCAAAGGAAAUUGCAACAGUGGAUGACACUGAAAGUCAGCAGGAGAUUGAAGAAACAACACAAGUUAAAACCAACGGUUUCAUUCCUUCGUUUGGUCUCAGUAAGAAGAAACCAAGUCAACAAGCAUUCGUUGAGACCAAGAAGGGAGAGAUUUAUAAGCUAUCGACUAUCGAUGUUGAUGGUAUGUAUGCUCCUCCGUCACCUGGUCUCCAAGGCAAGAGAGAUCAUUGGAUUGAUGCUGUCGAUAUGGAUUUCUAUCUGCCCAGUUCCGAGUGUUUAACUACCCAUGUUGGAGAAAAGCAUGACUUUUUCACACCCUCCAGCACAUUUGUGCGAACUCAGCCAUACAUUUUCCCCGUUGCAUCUCAUAUGUCAGAUUCUAGUUUGUCUACCGUUCCAUCAUUUAUUGAGGAUGAUGGAAGUUCUGAUAUAUUGUCAAGCUCAAACAGGUCAAGCGCCAUCUUUUAAUACUGUCUUAUAUUUGGUUUAUCAACCUAUCCCCCCAUCUGUACCAUAUUUUUCUUUACAUCCUUAUCCCCACUUAAUAAUCCCCCAAUCUAAUAAAAAGACUUAUUUCAGCUAAAUGAUUCUGGUGACACCCUGUGAUAUCAUAGCGAUGUUUCUAACUAUGCAUAUGAUAAUGAAUUUAUUGAUGGUGUUUCAAUAAAAAUUGUGUAUAUGUAUUCAAUUUUUUUA